CCGGUGCGGGGGGCGGCGGCGGCGGCUCACCUGGCCGUGCCGGGCGGCGGCAGACUUUGCCUCCAGCCUCUAUAAAAGGUAACGGCGGCGUGAGUCAGGGCCGCCUCUUCCCCCGCCCGCUCUCACGUACGCGCGGCCGCCCGGGCAGCGCACGGAGCCGCCGUCCCGUCCCGUCCCGUCCCGUCCCGUGCCGCAGCGCCCCGCACCGCACCGCCCCGCACCGCGCUCCCCGCCGGAGAUGAGGCUGCGGGUCUCCGUCCCGGUCCCGAUCCCGGUGCUGGUCCUGAUCCUGGCCGCCACGGGCCGUGCCGCCGCCGGGCACGGGCACGACGACGAGGAGUCCCUGCACUCCGAGGAAAGAGGUCCUGGUGACAGCCACUGGAGCUAUGAAGAACCAGAGCGCUGGGGCGAGCCCUACCCGGCCUGCUUGGGCACCAUGCAGUCUCCCAUCAACAUCGAGACGGAGAAGACCAUCUUCAGCCCCCAGCUGCGGCCCAUCCAGCUCUCCGGCUACAGCCUGCCCGCCAGCAAGAAGCUCAAGCUGAAGAACAACGGGCACACAGUUGUCCUGGAGCUGCCUGAGUCGCUGGCCAUCACGGGCGGCUAUGCCCAGCAGUACCAAGCCGUGCAGCUGCACCUGCACUGGGGAUCCCCGACGACAGCCGGCUCCGAGCACACCGUUAAUGGGAAGCGUUUUGCUGCGGAGCUCCACGUGGUCCACUACAACACCAAGUACGACAGCUUCAAGGCAGCGAUGGCCCAGCCGGAUGGGCUGGCCGUGCUGGGAGCCUUCCUGGAGGUCGGGCCGAGGGAGAACCCAUUCUACCAGGAAAUACUCAAGUAUCUCCACAAAAUCCAAAGAGAAGAUGAGGAAGUCCUGGUGCCCGGGUUCAACAUCGCGGGCUUGCUGCCCGACAGCCUGCACCUCUAUUUCCGCUACAACGGUUCCCUGACCACCCCUCCCUGCUUCCAGUCGGUGACGUGGAUGGUCUUCAACCAGACCGUGAUGCUCUCCCAUGACCAGAUCUUGGUGCUGGUGACAAGCCUGCAGUACGACCACAGCAAACCCCUGCAGAACAAUUUUCGGCCGCCCCAGGGCCUGCACAAGCGGUGGGUGCUGGCGAGCUUCGAUCCCACCUUCUCCCGGGAGAGGCAGGUGCCCACGGCGGGACAGACCAGCUCCUCCUUUCAUGCAGGGGACGUGCUGGCUGUGGUCUUCGGGGUGCUCUUUGCCAUCACGGCGCUGGCCUUUGUGUUCUACGUCUACAAGCACCGCAGCCAGAACGCACGGCUGGACUCGCCCACCAAAUCCAAGGUCAUCUACACGGCGGCCACCACCGAGAACACAGCGUGAGCCCCGCGGCUCAGCCCCGUCCCCUCGCUCCCGCCCUGAGCUGGGGGGGCACCAUCCUCCCCCAGCUGCACGGACUGUUCACCUGGGGCAACACCCGGCCCCAGCAGAUAUUUUUGUUACAAAAAACGAUAAAAACUUUAAUAAAAAAGGCCAAAAAGCU